CGCACCAUCUAGCGCCUGUGACGGUUAAACCGGAAGUGUGCGUUUUGACACGCAGACUGAUGAAGGAAGUGACGCAUCUUUUGACCCUUACUAACAUGGCGGCGUACAGGCGUGCAGGAGUUAUAUGGAAUUUCUGUGCCCUAGUCACAGGAACAAGAACCCUAGCGUGUAGACAUCACCAUGGAUCUGCACUCGGUAAGCUUUCCUUCAACAUGAGGACAUUGCCGCGGUGUCCUACAGCCACGUUUGUGAGAAACAUGUUUAUUCAGACUCAGGACACUCCAAACCCAAACAGCCUGAAGUUUCUCCCAGGGCGGGUGGUGUUAGAAUCGGGCACUAUGGACUUUGUUGCUCCUAGAGAUGCCUACUGCUCUCCACUGGCCAGGCAGCUCUUCAGAAUCGAUGGCGUCAGAAGCGUCUUCUUAGGCCCAGACUUCAUAACCAUCACAAAGUCUGAUUCACACACAGAGUGGAAGUUGAUUAAACCGGACGUCUUUGCCACCAUUAUGGACUUCUUCACGUCCGGCAUUCCUGUCAUUAAUGAAGACACCGUUCCACGUACAGACACCGCGCCCUCAGAGGACGACGACGAGGUCGUGGCCAUGAUCAAAGAACUGCUCGACACACGGAUCAGGCCCACGGUGCAGGAGGACGGCGGCGACGUGCUCUAUCGGGGUUUUGAGGACGGCAUCGUUAAGCUGCAGCUCCAAGGCUCGUGUACCAGCUGCCCCAGUUCCAUCGUCACGCUGAAGAACGGCAUCCAGAACAUGCUGCAGUUUUAUGUCCCUGAGGUGGAGGGAGUAGAACAGGUGAAGGAAGAAGAUGUGGGUGUGGAAUAACAUACCCAGCAAUGAGAGCUAGGACACAGGAUCUGGACACUCCUGCCUCCUACAUCU